AUGUCCUGCCCUGCUCGGAUCCCCUGCGCUAACGAGCCAGACCCCUCCCCCUGCCCCGGCCCCCACCUCGCGCCCGCGCCUGAGGCUGCGGUGCUGGGUCGGGAAAACGCGGUGGGCCGACACUACCCGCCGAAAGGGCCUGAGGCGGGGGGCGCCCGGGUCUCAGCGCCCCGGGGAAGGACCCCAGCCACACGACGGCCCCUAGUGCAAAGCAUUGACACGGCCCCGAGAGGAGAGGGGGCGCCCUCCUUCUCCCGCGCACGGCAGCCUGGCCGCUCUGGCCCGCGCCCCAGCUUGGCCUUCGACCCCGCUCCCGGCUGCAGCGCUGCCCGGGGCCCCUGCACUCCGGAGGGAGGCUGCGGGUGCUGGAAAGAGAGGCCGGUGGGCGGGCGAAUCGGGAGGCGCGGGCGGCGGAGGUCGCGGAGCGGAGCCCAGGUGGCGGGAGCUGAGUUUCCAGCUUUAGGUCUGCAGGAGGGGGCUGCCUUCCCAGUUACAGAGGGACAAGGGAACAGCUUCAGUGUCAGUCAGAGACAGGACCUGGACGUUCUUAAGGGAUGGGGGUUCCCAGGCAGGAGGGACUGGCUUCAGCCACCCUAUGCAGGGCCAUCUACUCAGCCUACAGAACCUAGUAUGAUUCCGGUCCCCCUUCUCCUAAUACGCCCACCUGACCAGGUGAAGGGAACUGAAGAUUAAAUCAGGUCUCAACUCAGGUGCCAGGGUUGGAUGGGGUGCAUGUGAAGGGGGCAGGGGCCCCAGAAGCUGCCCCAGCUCCUGCUGCAUGAUUGGAUGGGAAGGCCUGUUUUUGUGUGAACUCAGCUCUUCUGCGGCUGUUACAUUAAACUUCACCCCAAACCA